GGGCGCGUGCGAAUGGGUAACUAGGCAACCAACCAACCGCUUCUCUCUGAGCUAGGGACCCGCCGAGCUGCCCCAGCCGGGCCAGGAAGGUGCAGCCGCGUCUGGAAUACUGUGGGCAGGACUGGUCACCCUGUCUCAAAAAGGAUGUUGUAGUCUCAGAGGAGGGUGAUGAGAAUGAUUAAGGGCCUGGAAGCAUGCUCAUGAAGACAGAUUUAAAGGAUUGGGAUUGCCUACUUUAGGAGGAGUAUGGCUACCUUUCAGCAAAAGAUCAUAAAUAUGAUCAAGUGUUUUAGAAGACAAUGGUGCUUAUUUUCAUACUCAGAAAGGACUACUGUUUGUGGUGCAGACUGCAUGAUGAUGGCUUUACAGCUAUCAAUGGCUGAAGUCAAUAAACAGCUUCAUGGAGAUUUCACAGUGUCUCUUAGUGAUGUGGUGGAAACCUGGAAAUACUUGCUACAUGAUAAACUGGGAUUGACAUAUGAGAAUAUGGAAGCACCUGAAAAUUAUGCUGAUAUCAAAAAAGCUUAUGACUCCUUCUUAAAGAGAAGUAAUAUGUUAGAUCUAAUUGAUAUCUGCCAGCAGUGUCAUACAUUAAUACCUAAAUCUGAAAUUGAAGAGAUAUCCCAUGUUCAACUGUUAAAAUUUAUUUCUGGCUUAUCAGAAGAGAACAAUUCUAGUCUUUCCAUACCCUCAACACCAGUGAGACACAGCCAGGAUAAUGUGAAGUUGCUAUUGAUCGUGAAGAAAUUUGUUUAUGCAUAUUUAAGCCUGUUGGUGAAUUCUAAUAAUGAUCUGGCCCUGGCUCAUAUUCUAAAUAUUCCUGAUAGAGGACUUGGAAGAGAAGCCUUCACUGAUCUAAAGCAUGCUGCACAGAAGAGACAAAUGUCCAUUUUCCUGAUGGCAACAUCUUUCAUCCGAAUGAUAGAACUUGGAGGAAAAGGUUAUGCACCUUCACCAUUUGAUACUUUAAGAACCCAUGUAAAGGGACUUUCAGACUUUGUUAAUUUUGUCGACAAGCUGGAAGAAAUCAUCGGCGAAGUCCUGGAUCCACGAAUUGCAGGGGGGCGAAUUCUAUCAACAAUCAAGAUGCACUUGAUAAAAGGCCGAAACAGUGGGGAUCCCUUCUGUCGAGCCGCAGAGGAAGUUUUACAAGAUUUGGAUUUGAGGAUUAAAAAUAUUAUCAAUUCUCAACAUGAAGCUGUGACUGCUAACACCACUGGAAUGAGUCCAGCGCGGCCAAAAUUACAUGCCAUAAACCAUGGCACUGCCUACUGUGGCAGAGAAACUGUGAAGGCCUUACUAGUUCUUUUGGAUGAAGAAGCUGCCAAUCUUCCCACCAAAAACAAAGCAGAACUAUUAUAUGGUGAUGAAAAUGUAACACCAUUUGGAAUCACCUCUGUCUUAACGCUCUUUAGAUCUCCAGCACAAUCCACUGGGUCUUCUCCAAAACCUCUCAGACAACGUAUUAAAACAUCUGUUGGUGAAAGAAAAAUUAAGAUGAAGCAACCCUUAAUCAGGUCCCAGUUCGCUUGUACCUACAAGGAUGACCUGAUGACUGAGAAGAAGGGUCAGCACUUCUUCAGUAGGAGCCAAAUCCCAACUUGCAUACAUCCAGCACCAAAACAAAUGCUUUCUCUCUGUUUAGAAGCUGAGCCUUUUUCAGAAGAUGUAAAGUCACCUCCUGAAAGACCAGCACUUGGAACCAGUUCUGAAAAUGUUCUUCCGAAUAGAAGUAAAAGUGAAAAAGUAAAAAGUUGUCAGCCAAGAAACAAGAGCUCAAAGAGGGAACACGUGGCUCUGAAUAGUGAGAAAGUCAUCUGCAAUAAUGAAAAUGAACCAUCUCAGUACACAAAUAUUAAGAGACCCAAGGUAUCAAACAUACUACAGGAGAAACUGGACAGCAGACUAGAUGGAGCACCAAAAAGCAACAAGGCUAUAGCCAGAAAUAAAUUGAUUGCUGGGUUUGGAGGCAGUUUCCCAUCUGAAAGGAUCAGUGCCACAAACACCAACAGCAGAUAUCUUCUCCACCACUGACUGGCACCAAGGAGAGACCUGGACCAGUGCCUACUUCUGUUUCAGACAAUUAUAAUAAAUGUCAUUAUAGGUUCAUGGAAACUUACUUCAAAAUAGAAGUUUACCAAAUGCUUUCAAUCAAACAACAAAAUUCAUGUUUUGGAUCAGUUUGAACCAGUUUGAUCAAAAUAGCAGGCUCUCUUUGCUCUCUUAUGGCCAGCAUGAAAUCCUAGAGCUAUAAUCCAUCCUUGGAUGGCUGAGGGAGGAAAGAAGAUAAGCUUUGGUUUGGGUUGAGCCUUUUUAGGAAAAUAAAAAAAACACUUAUCUGUGAGUUGGGAAGGGCACUUUCCUUCCCACAUUGUUGUUACUGAGGACUCUGCAGUUGCUAUUGUUUGGGGAGAAAGUCCUAUUAUCUAAAAGCAUGGGGUGUGCUGUCACCAAAAUGAAUGCCAAUUUUUUCAGGGGGGCUAAAAGACCUAAGACCUCUUCCUUGGUUAACUGUUAAAACAAAGCUGUCAGUUGAGAGAAGACUGUAUACAGCCCUUGGCCCCUUUUAAAAUUCAGCGGUGUCUGUCUGAUAGUUGAAGAAAAUGGAACAUGCUCAGUACUGUCUCCAACCCACAUUACAAAAAGCACAGUUGCUAUUCAUGGCUGUAGUAUCAGGUAAAGUCAUAAAUUGUGAUCAGUACAGACCGUAGAGAGUAUACUUGGCUUUUUCAGAUUUGGAGUAGCUUCCAUGGCUGCAGAGAUGGAGCACAAGGUAGCUUCUGUCAGUCUGCAGCCUCACAAAUUCAAUAGGUGCAUCUGUGUCCAAUGCAUCUAGGUGGUCACAAUCUAAAUAAAAUGCAUAUUUUUCCUUUUAGGUUUCAAAUACUCCACUUCUGGCAGAAAACUAAAAUGUUUUAAAUUACGACAACUAAGUUCAUGUUAUAAAUUGCUGCCUAAAAUCUUGUCUGUUAUCAAAUGGCCUUUUCUUUUCACGUUUAAUAUUAACAUAGUUCUUCUUAAUACCAUUUACAUCAGUAAUUUAGAAUUAUUUUGAGUAACUCCUCCUGCAUUUACAUGGAAUCGUGUUACUGUGAAAUCAGACGUAAUCUAAAAUCUAAUGUGAAAUGCAAAAGUAAAUAAAUUUAGUCGAUGAUGCUUAAUAUAUCUGGAACUUAUCUUUUAUUCUGUUUGCAUGCCUGUAAAAAUAAA